AUGGAACCUUCUACCAGCGCAGAGGCCGCAGCCGCUGCAGUGGUAGGACCAGAUCCACGCCUUGAGUUGAUGGGUUCUUUUGUUAUCAAAUCACUGAAAUUGAAACCCGAAAAAUGGACACGUGUAAUAACAGUGGAAGAGCACAAAGCUAUAAUAAAAGAAUUUCUCGAUAGACCGGUACCCAUGGUGCUAAUUAUUAUACUCACACAAGCUGCACAGCUGUUACCAUCCACUACAUUUCCCCUCUCACAAUUAAAAAGUAAAGGAGUGUAUUUCAUUAAGAAACAUCCAGAGCCUGUACCACGUGAGGACUGUAGUAAUUUUAUCAUUUACGGUGACUUGGCUACCCGCACCAUCGAUCAGCUGUCCGCGUUGGUCGAGGAGGUGCUUGUACCAUUGCUCUCCAAUGAUGUGAACUACAAGUCAUGGCCCACAAUGGUUGCACAGGAUGUGCAAAAGCAUGUCCACAGUUUGAAGAGCACUGUACAUCAGGUGAAGGGGCAAGUGAGUGGUGAGACAAUACUUGCAAUGCCAGUGGGUGUGGAAUUGAUUGUUAAGUUGGCUGCGAAAUUAAAUAAUUCACGACGCAUAGCUAUCGAUUUAUACUUGAAAAGUGCUAUUGAGGGUGUGGUCAUCAAGUGGGCGGAACAAAUACACGAAGUCAUCAAAGAAAAUCCAUCGAAUGCAUUUCAAAAUGGUCAAAACCCUACACCGCAAGUUGAAAUCGCCUUCUGGAAUAAUCGUUUGAAGAACUUAUCCUUCAUAUUCGAUCAAUUGCGUGGUGAACGUAUACGUGCAAUGGCUUUGGUAUUAGAAUAUACUAAUAGCGCAUAUCAUCCAUGCUUUCAAGGAAUAUUUAAAAACGUUGUAACAGCUUUAGCCGAAGCGAAAGAAAUCACUCUCUAUCUUAAUCCAUUGAAACGUCCUAUACAACAAUUGGAAGAGAUUGACUUUGCCGAAUGUAAACCGUUAUUAAUUCCACUAAUGUAUGUGAUUUGUACAAUGUGGGGUAACUCACGUUAUUACAGCAAUUCUUCAAAAAUAACGGUUUUGCUGAAACAAUUGUGUAAUCUCAUUAUCCAACAGGCCAAGCGUUAUCUCGAUCCUUCAUCGAUAUUCCAUAGCGAUAUUGAUGAGGCAAUGCAACGUCUCACACAAUCUAUACAAAUAUUGAAAUUCUUUCGUGAGCUUUACGAUCACUACAAGGAAAAUUUGGCAGAAUUCUUUCCCACGCCAGAGGAGAGACCACCGAUUCCCUGGACCUUUCAUCCAAAUUCCGUCUUCAAUCGCUUUAAUGCAUUUUUGGAGCGUUUAACUACAAUACAAUGGUUUUUCUUUACUGUGAUUGAAUUCUUGAAGUUAGAGAAAGUUGAAAUCGGUGGUCUACGCGGACGGCAAUUGAGCACACGCAUCACUGCGGUAUAUGUGGAGUUCAAUCAAUAUUUCACGGCGUUUGCCUCCAAGUCUUAUGAUGUGCUCGAUCCCGACGAUCAUGAAUUCGAUGAGGAUUUUGAGAAUUUUCAAACACACAUUCUUGAGUUGGACAUGAAACUGGCUGCGAUAUUGUGUCAAGCAUUCGAUGAUUGCCACAAUUUGGAGAGCAUGUUCAAGCUCAUAAAUAUUGUGGGAAGCGUAAUCGAUCGCCCUAAAAUCAAAGAGCAAUUUACACAGCGGUACACAGAGAUCGUUCAAAUGCUCGAAGUGGAAAUGACUACGUGUGAGGAUAUAUUUUACAAACAAAUUGAUUUGCAACAAAUGAACAAGAACUUGUAUCCCGAUUACAACUGUCCACCGGUAGCCGCCUUUAUACGCUGGUGUAACCAACUGGAGGCCCGUAUCAGCACACCAGUUACAAAUUUUCAAAAACUACAACAUGACAUAACCAAGUCUGAAAUCGCUGAGGAUAUAUUUACUCGUUACGAACGAUUGAUGCGUCGCCUAGGCAUACAUAAAACCUGUGCCUUCGACGAAUGGAGUGAAAAAUUGCCCGAACAAAUCGAAACGAAUCUGAAAGUUUCGUUAAUUGCACGUGAUCCCAAUAGUAAUUCGUUAAUAUUGAAUUUCAGCCCUGAACUCUUCAGUAUUCUGCGCGAGGUGCACUAUUUGAAGCAAAUGGCUGUCGACGGUAUACCGGAGAUCGCUUUAAAUUUCGCUGAGAAGAACGAAAUUUUUCGCACGUACACUUUGAAUCUAGAAAAAACCAUCGACUGGUAUAAUUCUAUACAAGAGAAUAGUUCCCCGGUUGAACUGAAAUUGAUCGAAUCGGAGAUUAAACAAAUCGAUGAUUUGGUAGAGAUUGGUGUCAAUGAGUUAGUGUGGAAUUCCGAAGAUAUUACAACAUAUCUGGACAAGUUACGUACACCGGUCGCAGCUUUACAAAAUCGUAUGCAUCACACACAAAGUAAUCUGCAACAAAUCAGUCAACUGAUGUCCGUUUGGGCAAAGCAACCACUUUUCGAACGGAAGGAUUCCAAAAAGGAUACGGUGCUUAGUAUUGAAGAGCGUCCAGAUCGCACGGCGAAACGUUAUGCCGAAAUACAAGCCGCUUCUGUAGACAUACACAACUUACUGCAAGACAACGUGAUUCAGUUUAAUAUGGAAAGUAGACAAGAAGAUGGAAUUUGGUUGAAUUAUGUAGACUUUGUAGACAAUAUUGUCUAUGAGAAUAUAUUGAAGACCGUAGGUGUAAGUGUUGGCUAUUUGGCAGAGAACAUGGACCCGGAUAAUAAUUGCGCGCCACUUUUCGAAUCCCGUUUAGAGUUGGUAGAACCGAACUUGGUGUUUGUGCCCUCUCUUAAUCCCGAAGACCCGAUGGGUUUUAAUAACAUGUUAAUCGAAUUAAUGCGCGACAUAAUGAAAAUGGCCACAUUAAUAAAACGUCUAAAGAAAAAUGAGAAACGCAAUUAUGGUGAUAUGGUUAAGGAAAACCAAGAUAUAAUUGAUAUGCGUCGUGAGAUUUUGAACGGUGUUGAUCGUGUUAUGGAAGAAGCAUCGUUGUUUUGUCGCCAAUUUGAACGUUACUCCUAUCUCUGGCUAGACGAUCGGCAUGAAUGUAUGGAGUAUUUUCUUGAAUAUGGACGCAUUUUGGAUGUAGACGAAAUCGAUUUGGUAUUGAUGAAAGAACCGAGUGCACCGCAACCAUGUGCCCCCACAAUCGAGGCGUUCCGUGAACAAAUCGAUAACUACGAAUCGUUAUUUAAUGAAAUCGAAGAUAUUGCACCUUUUCAAAUUUUCAAUUCUUGGUUUCAAGUCGACGUACGACCCUUCAGGCAGGCAUUGCUGAAUACAGUUUGCAAAUGGGGCAAUAUGUUUAAGGAACAUCUGGUGAAUACUGUUACAAAUAAUCUCAUGGAUUUGAGUUGUUUCAUACGCAAGGCCGAUGAGGGUUUAUUGCAGACCGUCAAGGAAGGUGAUUAUGAUGGACUUGUUAGCAUUAUGGCCUUUUUGAUGCAGGUAAAGGAGCGCGCUGUCAAAACGGACAAUAUGUUCGAACCCAUGCAAGAGACCAUACAAUUGCUGAAGUACUUCGAUAUGGAUAUACCGGAAGAGGUGAAUGUGUUACUACAAGAACUACCCGAACAGUGGGUGAAUACGAAAAAGAUUGCAACCACUGUAAAACAGCAAGUGUCGCCUUUGCAGGCCACCGAGGUGGUGCGCAUACGCAAUAAGGUGACCGAAUUUGAGACACAUACACAACUAUUUCGGGAAAUUUUCAGACAUUACAAAUUCUUCCGAUUUGAUUGUAAUGAGCCCUAUCUGUUGAUUGAUCGUAUAAAUGAAGACAUAUAUCGGCUGGAGUGCGAAAUGCGUGAAAUACAACAAUCGGGUAGUUUGUUUGAGGUUAAUAUACCGGAGUUCAAGGCACUGAAGCAAUGUCGCAAGGAAUUGCGAAUGUUAAAGCAAUUGUGGGACUAUGUAUACAUCGUACAGACCUGCAUCGAAGAUUGGAAAACGACGCCAUGGCGCAAAGUAGAUGUGGAGAAUAUGGACAUUGAAUGUAAAAAAUUCGCCAAGGAUAUACGUCUAUUGGACAAGGAAAUGCGCUCCUGGGAUACAUUCAUAAAUUUGGAAUCCACUGUCAAGAAUAUGCUAACUUCCUUGCGAGCGGUUGGUGAAUUGCAGAAUCCAGCCAUACGUGAACGUCACUGGAAUCAACUUAUGAACUCCACCAAGAGUCUAGCCGCUUUACCAAAGGACAUAACGGUGAAAUUCAUAAUGGAUCAUGAAACGACGCUCGCCGAGCUGUUGGGACUAAAUUUGCAUGAAUGUGAGGAGGAGGUGAAGAAUAUCGUCGAUAAAGCGGUGAAAGAAAUGUCAAUGGAGAAAAUACUACGCGACUUACAUACCACUUGGUCUGCGAUGGAAUUCGAUCAUGAACUCCAUCCACGCACUGGCUGUAAUCUCCUCAAGGCAUCGGAGGAACUCAUAGAGACUCUCGAAGAUAAUCAGGUCUGCUUACAAAAUCUGAUAACAUCGAAGUACAUUGCGCACUUCCUUGAGGAGGUGUCAACAUGGCAGAACAAACUGAUGGUAGCCGAUCAGGUGAUUACCGUCUGGUUUGAGGUGCAACGCACUUGGACCCAUCUAGAAAGUAUCUUCAUGAGUUCCGAAGACAUACGUAAACAAUUGCCAGUCGACUCGGAUCGUUUCGAUCGCAUCGACGCUGAAUUUCGCAUAUUAAUGGACGAAAUGUCCGUAUCGUCGAAUGUGGUUGCGUCGACAAAUCGACCGGGUUUGAUUGAACGUUUGGAACAUUUGCAAAAGGAGCUUACAUUGUGUGAGAAGGCACUGGCAGAGUAUUUGGAAACGAAACGUUUAGCUUUUCCUCGUUUCUACUUUGUAUCAUCGGCCGAUCUGCUUGAUGUACUGAGCAAUGGUAUUCAGCCAGAGAUGGUCACCAAACAUUUGACUAAACUUUUUGAUUCGAUAGCACGUUUGAAAUUUAAUCGCGACGAAUCGAACGAAAUCGACACAGCUUCGGGUAUGUAUGCCAAAGAUGGUGAAUAUGUGGAAUUCAAUGAAUUGGCGAGUAUACGCGGCCCGGUGGAGGUGUGGCUGAAUCGCAUCCAAGCGGCCAUGCGUGCCUCGCUACGUCAUUACGUUUCCGAAGCUGUUGUCGCUUAUGAGGAAAAGCAACGUGAACAAUGGUUAUUCGACUAUCCUGCACAGGUAUCACUUUGUGGAUCACAAAUUUGGUGGUCCACUGAGGUGAACAUUGCCUUCGGUCGUUUGGAGGAAGGUUACGAUAAUGCCAUCAAGGACUAUUACAAAAAACAGAUCUCUCAGUUGAGCUUGCUCAUCACACUACUGUUGGGCGAGCUAACCAAAGGAGAUCGCCAAAAGAUAAUGACCAUAUGCACAAUUGAUGUACAUUCGCGCGAUGUUGUCGCUAAAAUGAUCCAAGCCAAACUGGAUUCGGGUUCGGCAUUCAUGUGGCAAUCACAGUUACGUCAUCGUUAUGAUGAGGGUGAAAGAGAUUGUUUUGCCAACAUUUGCGACGCAGAGUUUCAAUAUUCACACGAAUAUUUGGGUAAUACGCCACGUCUUGUUAUCACACCGCUUACCGAUCGCUGUUAUAUCACACUGACUCAAUCGCUACACUUGAUUAUGGGUGGUGGCCCCGCUGGUCCGGCGGGUACCGGUAAAACCGAAACCACCAAAGAUUUAGGUCGCGCUCUAGGUAUUAUGGUCUACGUUUUCAAUUGUUCGGAACAAAUGGACUAUCAGUCGUGUGGUAAUAUCUAUAAAGGACUGGCCCAAACUGGAGCUUGGGGCUGUUUCGACGAAUUUAACCGCAUCACUGUGGAGGUGCUUUCCGUUGUAGCUGUGCAGGUGAAGUCUGUGCAAGAUGCCAUACGUGACAAGAAGCAAAAAUUCAAUUUCAUGGGUGAAAUCAUAAGUUGUGUGCCCACGGUGGGUAUAUUCAUAACCAUGAAUCCCGGUUAUGCUGGCCGUACAGAGUUGCCGGAGAACCUAAAAGCACUCUUUCGUCCCUGCGCUAUGGUUGUACCAGAUUUUGAGUUGAUUUGUGAAAUUAUGCUGGUAGCUGAAGGUUUCCAAGAUGCGCGAGUAUUGGCCAGAAAAUUUAUUACGCUCUACACACUAUGCAAAGAACUGCUCUCCAAACAGGAUCACUACGAUUGGGGACUAAGAGCAAUCAAAUCCGUGCUGGUAGUUGCAGGUUCGCUUAAGCGAGGUGAUCCCGGCCGACCUGAGGAAGAGGUACUCAUGCGUGCCUUACGUGAUUUCAAUAUACCGAAGAUCGUCACAGAUGAUAUGCCAGUUUUUAUGGGUCUCAUUAGCGAUUUGUUUCCCGCUUUGGAUGUUCCCAGGAAACGUGAUCAAGACUUCGAACGCACAGUUAAACAGGCUGCCUCUGAUUUACUACUACAACCCGAAGACAACUUUAUCUUGAAAGUUGUACAGCUGGAGGAAUUACUAGAAGUACGACAUUCCGUUUUCAUAGUUGGCAAUGCUGGCACCGGCAAGACACAAGUGUGGAAAACUCUAUUACGCACUUAUCAAAAUAUCAAAAGAAAACCGAUUUUUAACGAUUUAAAUCCAAAAGCUGUUACCAAUGAUGAACUCUUCGGUAUCAUCAAUCCGGCGACACGUGAGUGGAAGGAUGGCUUGUUUUCGGUUAUAAUGCGAGAUCAAGCAAACAUAACGGGUGAUCAGCCCAAAUGGAUUGUGCUCGAUGGCGAUAUCGAUCCAAUGUGGAUUGAGAGCUUAAAUACUGUUAUGGACGAUAACAAAGUGUUGACUUUGGCCAGUAACGAGCGCAUUGCGCUGACACCUUCGAUGCGCUUGCUUUUUGAGAUUUCCAAUUUGAGAACAGCCACUCCAGCAACCGUUUCUAGAGCAGGCAUACUCUAUAUAAAUCCACAAGAUUUGGGUUGGAAUCCUUACGUCAGCAGUUGGGUGGAAACUCGAAAAAUACCAUCCGAAAAGUCCAAUUUGGUAAUGCUUUUCGAUAAAUAUAUACCGGCCUCAUUAGAGACCAUACGCACACGUUUUAAGAAAAUUACACCCAUUGCCGAGAUGGCACACAUACAGAUGUUAUGUCAUCUGUUGGAAUGCUUCUUGACGCCUACGAACACACCAGCCGAUUGUCCAAAAGAAUGGCAUGAACUGUAUUUCGUUUUUGCUUGUGUUUGGGCAUUCGGAUCGGCUAUGUUCCAGGAUCAAGCGAUCGACUACCGAGUCGAAUUCAGCAAAUGGUGGGUAAAUGAGUUCAAAACCGUUAAGUUCCCACAGGGCGGCACAGUGUUCGACUAUUUUCUUGAUACAGAAACUAAAACCUUCCUACCGUGGACCGAAAAAAUUCCGAAGUUUGAAUUAGAAUCCGAUUUACCGUUACAAGCAGUACUGGUGCAUACCUCUGAAUCAAUACGCGUACGUUUCUUCCUCGAGCUACUUAUGAAUAUGCGACAUCCUGUUAUGUUGGUAGGCACCGCAGGUUGUGGCAAAACUGUACUAGUGAACGAAAAGCUACAGGCACUCAAUGAGAAUUAUGCGGUCACUACGAUUCCCUUCAACUACUACACCACCUCGGAAAUGCUGCAAAAAAUACUGGAGAAGCCGUUGGAGAAAAAAGCAGGUCGUAAUUAUGGCCCACCAGGCAAUAAGACGCUUAUCUACUACAUUGACGAUAUGAAUAUGCCGGCAGUGGACUGUUAUGGCACCGUACAACCACACACCAUUAUCCGUCAACAUCUGGACUAUGGACAUUGGUACGACCGCAAUAAGCUGUCCUUAAAGGAUAUACACAAUUGUCAGUAUGUGGCUUGCAUGAAUCCGACAGCUGGAAGCUUCACUAUAAAUCCUCGCCUCCAGCGGCAUUUCUGUGUGUUGGCCGUAAGCUUUCCUAGUGGUGAUUCUAUCACUUCGAUCUUUUCGACGAUCUUGUCACAGCAUUUUGCAAAUGCUGAGCAGAAGUUUAAUCCGAUAGUGACGCGCAUGACAUCUAACAUUGUUGCCGCAACACUGGCUCUGCAUAACAAGUCUAUGCAGAUUUUCUUGCCGACUGCAAUAAAAUCACAUUACAUAUUCAAUUUGAGAGAUAUCAGCAACGUUUUUCAGGGUUUACUUUUCAGCACAGCCGAUUGCUUGACUAGCUCAUCCGAUCUUAUACGCCUGUGGCAGCACGAGACCCAACGUGUCUACGGCGAUAAAUUAAUCGAUGAUAAGGACAUCGACAGUUUUACGAAGAUGCAACACGACAUAGUGAAGAAGUCUUUUGAGGAAAUUGACGAAUCUGUUAUUUUUGACAAACCCAAUAUAUAUUGUCAUUUCGCUGGAGGAAUUGGUGAACCCAAGUACAUGCCCGUCAUGGGCUGGACUGAGCUUCACAAACUCCUUCAGGAAGCAAUGGCAUCGUACAAUGAUCUUGUGGCGGCAAUGAAUUUGGUGCUCUUCGAGGACGCUAUGAUGCAUGUGUGCAGAAUAAAUCGCAUCUUAGAAUCGCCGCGUGGCAGUGCCCUGUUGGUCGGCGUUGGUGGCAGCGGAAAACAGUCACUAUCACGACUCGCCGCUUUUAUUUCUAGCUUGGAAGUGGUGCAAAUACAAUUGAAAAAGGGUUAUGGCAUAAAUGACCUGAAGAACGAAUUCUCCGGCUUGUAUCUGAAAGCUGGUUUGAAGAAUGUUGGCACUAUGUUUCUUAUGACCGAUGCACAAAUACCUAGUGAAGAUUUUCUCGUACUUAUCAAUGAUAUGCUUUCUACGGGCGAAAUACCUGAUCUUUUUCCCGAUGACGAAAUUGAAAACAUAAUAGCUGGAGUACGCAACGAAGUGAAAGGCGCCGGAAUGGUAGAUUCACGCGAGAACUGUUGGAAAUUCUUCAUAGAUCGCGUUCGUAAACAACUCAAAAUUGUGCUUUGCUUCUCGCCAGUUGGAUCUACGUUACGUGUACGUUCACGUAAAUUCCCAGCUAUCAUAAAUGCCACAUCUAUCAAUUGGUUCCAUGAGUGGCCACAAGAAGCACUCAUCUCGGUGGCAAUGAACUUUCUGUCGUUAAAUAAAGUUUUACCUGAAACACAUCGCGAUUCGGUAGCUAAAUUUAUGGCCUAUGUACACACCUCGGUGAAUGCUAUGUCAAAAGUGUAUCUACAAACUGAGCGACGUUACAACUAUACCACACCAAAAAGUUAUCUUGAACAGAUAAGUUUGUAUUUGAAGUUAUUAAACCACAAACACGACGAUUUACAGGGUAAGAUCGUGCGCUUAGAGAAUGGUUUGGAGAAGUUACGUUCCACCGCUGUGCAAGUGGCCGAUUUAAAGGUGAAAUUGGCUGUACAAGAAGUGGAAUUGAAAGAAAAGAAUGAGGCUGCUGAUGCGCUAAUUGAAAUCGUCGGUAUCGAAACGGAAAAGGUGCAAACAGAGAAGGCAGUGGCUGAUGAGGAGGAGAUGAAAGUUGCGCUUAUCGCCGAUGAAGUAAGUAAAAAACAGAAAGACUGUGAAGAAGAUUUACUAAAAGCGGAACCGGCACUGACAGCAGCACAAGAUGCACUCAACACUUUAAACAAGGCAAACUUAACAGAACUCAAAUCGUUUGGCUCACCACCGGGCGCGGUAACAAAUGUCACCGCCGCUGUUAUGGUACUGCUAGCACCAGGUGGCAAACUGCCUAAAGAUCGUUCAUGGAAAGCAGCGAAAAUUUCAAUGGCAAAGGUGGAUACGUUUUUGGACUCACUCAUCAAUUAUGAUAAAGAGAAUAUACAUCCGGAAAUCAUAAAAGCUAUACAGCCCUAUCUAAAAGACCCUGAGUUUGAGCCCGAGUUUGUACGCUCCAAGUCAGGUGCUGCUGCGGGACUCUGUGCCUGGGUAAUCAAUAUAAUCAAAUUCUAUGAAGUAUACUGCGAUGUCGAGCCGAAGCGUAAGGCUUUGGCAGCGGCGAAUGCAGAACUUGCUGCUGCUCAAGAAAAACUAUCAGGCAUUAAAAGGAAAGUCGCGAACCUUGAGGAGCAAUUGGCAAAACUAACUGCGGAUUUUGAACAAGCAACUGCUGAUAAGUUACGUUGUCAACAGGAGGCCGAUGCUACACAAGCUACAAUCGCACUAGCAAACCGCCUGGUUAAUGGUCUGGCUAGUGAGAACGUACGCUGGGCUGAAGCGGUAAAUAGCUUCGUGAAACAAGGCAUUACUUUACCGGGCGAUAUUCUGCUUAUUACCGCCUUCAUCUCAUAUGUGGGCUGUUUCACUAAACAGUUUCGCAUCGAUCUGAUGCAAAAAAUGUGGGCACCGUUCUUGAAGAGCAUCGAUCCACCUAUACCAACCACUGAAAAUUUAGAUCCAUUAUCCUUGCUAACGGAUGACACCACAAUCGCGAUAUGGACGAAUGAAGGUUUGCCCAGCGAUCGCAUGUCAACUGAGAACGCCACUAUACUUUCGAAUUCAGACCGCUGGCCGCUGAUGAUCGAUCCACAGCUACAAGGCGUCAAAUGGAUAAAACAAAAGUAUGGCGAAGAGCUUAAGGUGAUACGUUUGGGCCAACGCAGCUACUUGGAUGUAAUAGAGUUGGCUAUCACUAAAGGCUGCAUUGUGCUGAUCGAGAAUAUCGAUGAAAACCUAGAUCCAGUAUUGGAUUCGUUGCUAGGUAGAAAUCUGAUAAAGAAGGGCAAAGCGAUCAAAAUUGGCGACAAGGAAAUCGAGUACAACUCCAACUUUCGUUUAAUAUUACAUACGAAAUUAGCAAAUCCACACUAUAAGCCAGAAAUGCAAGCACAAAGCACUUUGAUUAACUUUACUGUAACACGUGACGGCUUGGAGGAUCAACUAUUGGCGGAAGUUGUUAAGGCUGAACGUCCUGAUCUGGAAGAUUUGAAAGCCGAGUUAACAAAGCAACAAAAUGAUUUUAAAAUUAUGCUGAAGAAGCUUGAAGACGACUUAUUAUCCAGGUUAUCAUCGGCAGGUGAUAAUAUAUUGGGUGAUACCGCUUUAGUAGAAAACUUAGAAACUACUAAGAGUACUGCUUCUGAGAUCGAAAUUAAGGUCGCUGAGGCAAAAAUUACUUCAAAGGAGAUUGACAAAGCUCGCGAAUAUUAUCGACCAGCAGCUGCAAGGGCCAGUUUGCUUUACUUCAUACUCAACGAGCUCAAUACUAUUAAUCCAAUUUAUCAAUUUUCGCUUAAGGCUUUUAGCGUAGUUUUUCAAAAGGCCAUCGCACGCGCCGAACCUGGCGAAACUUUAAAUGCACGCGUUUUGAACUUAAUUGAUUGCAUAACCUACUCCGUAUUUCAAUAUACUUCGAGGGGUCUAUUCGAAUGUGAUAAAUUAAUAUUUGCCUCGCAAAUGGCUUUUCAGAUCCUUUUGAUGAACGAGGAGAUUACAUCUACGGAACUGGACUUUUUACUCCGCUUCCCGAUUAAACCGCACGUCACCAGUCCGGUUGAUUUUCUCUCCAACCAAUCGUGGGGCGGAAUAUGCAGUCUGGCGUCUAAAGAUGAAUUCCGUAACCUCGAUCGAGACAUAGAGACUUCAUCGAAGCGUUGGAAAAAAUUAGUGGAGUCCGAAGCACCAGAGAAGGAGAAAUUCCCACAGGAGUGGAAGAAUAAGACGGCACUGCAACGUCUAUGCAUGAUACGUGCACUGCGGCCUGAUCGCAUGACCUAUGCACUAGCAGACUUCAUCGCUGAGAAACUUGGUAAUAAAUAUGUGGAGAAUCGCGCUUUAGAAUUUGCUAAAUCUUUUGAGGAAACCAGUCCCUCCACACCCAUUUUCUUUAUACUAUCACCGGGCGUAAAUCCACUUAAGGACGUUGAGGCUUUGGGAAAACUUUUAGGUUACACAAUGGAUCUGGGUAAUUUUCAUAAUGUCUCUUUGGGUCAGGGACAAGAGGUUAUUGCCGAAGCGGCUAUGGAUACAGCAGCUAAAAAUGGACAUUGGGUCGUAUUGCAAAAUAUACAUUUAGUGCGUAAAUGGUUGCCGGUGUUGGAAAAGAAAUUGGAAUUCUAUGCAGAAGGUUCACAUCCCGAAUAUCGCAUGUUUUUAAGUGCCGAACCGGCUUCAUCGCCAUCGGCGCACAUCAUACCACAAGGAAUACUGGAGUCCUCCAUUAAGAUUACAAAUGAACCACCUACCGGCAUGUUGGCCAAUCUACAUAAAGCGCUCGACAACUUCACCCAAGAAACAUUGGAAAUGUCUGGCAAGGAAGCUGAAUUUAAAGCUAUACUUUUCUCACUUUGCUACUUUCACGCCGUGGUCGCAGAGCGCCGUAAAUUUGGGCCACAAGGUUGGAAUAAGAUCUAUCCAUUUAAUGUGGGCGAUUUAAAUAUCAGCGUAUCGGUAUUGUAUAAUUACCUCGAGGCAAAUGCCAAGGUUCCAUGGGAGGAUUUGCGUUAUCUCUUCGGUGAAAUCAUGUAUGGCGGUCACAUAACAGACGAUUGGGACCGUCGCUUAUGCAUUACAUAUCUCGAAGAGUACAUGCAACCGGAUCUAGUGGAUGGUGAACUGUUUCUAGCACCAGGUUUUCCUGCACCGCCCAACACCGACUACGCCGGCUAUCAUGCUUAUGUUGACGAAACGAUGCCAGCCGAGUCGCCAUACCUUUACGGACUGCAUCCGAAUGCAGAAAUUGGUUUCUUAACCACACGUGCGGAGAAUAUAUUUCGCACUGUUUUUGAGAUGCAACCGCGUGAUGCUGGUGCUAGUGGUGGUGCCACGGUGACCAGGGAGGAUAAAGUGAAACAGAUUGUAGAUGAGAUCAUGGAGAAAUUACCCGAAGAGUUUAAUAUGGUGGAGAUUAUGAACAAGGUGGAGGAGCGUACGCCGUACGUGAUUGUGGCCUUUCAAGAAUGUGAACGCAUGAAUUAUCUAACGAGCGAGAUGAAGCGUAGUCUAAAAGAGUUGGAUCUGGGUUUAAAAGGCGAGCUCACGAUCACAUCAGACAUGGAAGUACUGGAAAAUUCAUUGUUUCUGGAUCAAGUGCCGCCAGUAUGGACGCAACGCGCCUAUCCAUCACUAUUGGGUUUGAAUUCAUGGUUCAUCGAUCUGUGUUUGCGAUUACGUGAAUUGGAAACAUGGUCUACUGAUUUUGUGCUUCCUUCCUGUGUUUGGUUGGCCGGCUUUUUCAAUCCGCAGUCACUAUUAACCGCAAUUAUGCAGAGCACCGCGCGUCGCAAUGAAUUACCGUUAGAUAAAAUGUGCUUACAAUGUGAUGUGACUAAAAAGCAGAAGGAGGAUUUUACCACGGCACCGCGUGAAGGCGCCUAUGUUCAUGGGAUAUUUAUGGAAGGCGCCAGAUGGGAUGUACAGCAGGGUAUCAUAAUGGAAUCGCGUCUCAAAGAGCUCUAUCCACCGAUGCCAGUGAUAAAUAUUCGGGCUAUUACGCAAGAUAAGCAAGAUCUACGCAACAUGUAUGAAUGUCCUUUGUAUAAGACGCGUACUCGCGGUCCCACUUAUGUCUGGACUUUCAAUCUGAAAACUAAGGAUAAACCCGGUAAAUGGACACUAGCUGGGGUGGCUCUGCUACUGCAACCUUAAAUAAUACAAUUGCUGUUCUUAAUUGAACAUUUAUUUAAAUUCCAUAACUUACUAAAUUAAGUAAUUUAAAAAAUUUAAUUUACUUCUGCACUUUUACUAAUGCAUAGAAAUACAGAGCCUUAGGCUUGCACUAAAGAAU